AUGGCAGUUUCUUCGCUUUUCCGCCUCCUUUUCUUUGUCUUCAUCAUAACAUUUGUCGAUGGCAAAUGCCGCGAUGAUCAAAAAACAUUGUUACUUGAGCUCAAGAGCGAAUUAGUAUUCGACUCUUCCAUUUCGAAGCGUUUGGUGAAGUGGAAUGAGACAGAUGAUUGUUGCAAAUGGAGAGGCGUGGGAUGUGAUGACUCUGGCCGCGUUAUCAGUUUGGAGCUCCAAGGUGAGGGCAUCUCAGGCAGAAUCGGUGAGUCAUCAAGCCUCUUCCGGUUGACAUACUUGUCGAAGCUUGACCUCUCAGGCAACUUUGCCACAAGUGAGAUUCCUAACCAAUUCCACCGCCUCCCAAAUUUGGCAUCCCUUGGUUUGUCAAGUUCAGGUUUCGUGGGACCAAUUCCAUCCACGUUGGCUAACCUAACUCAGCUAGUUGAACUCCACUUAUCAAACAACUUCCUAACUGGUUCAAUUCCUUCAUUUCAUAACUGCAAGAAUCUUGAAUCCAUAUACUUUAGUGAUAAUAAACUAAAGGGCUCACUUUCUCACUUGCAUUUUCAAGGUCUUAAAAACCUCUCUGUUUUGGAUUUAAGCCAAAAUGCAUUGAAUGGAACCAUCCCUCACCAUCUUUUUACCCUGCCUUCAAUUUCUUAUCUUUUUCUAAGUUACAGCUAA